AUGCAGUCCUCCCUGAAACGCCUGCAAAUCAACCCCACUAACUGGGAGGAGCUCGCUAUCGAUCGACCGACCUGGAGGAGGACAGUGAAGACAGGCGCUGCGAUCUACGAAGCCAAUCGCAUCGCCGCCGCCAAAGCAAAACGCGAAGCCCGUAAAUCCCAAAUUCGCACAGUCCGCAACGCCGACGCACAACCGCUACCUAAGUGUCCUCGGUGUCAACGAACAUUCCGGGCUCGAAUUGGACUUAUCGGACAUCUUUGGAUCAACUGCGCCUCCCGAAAUCCACCGGCCAUUCUCCACCCGACCGCCUCUUCCUCCUCUCCGCCGCCAACUAUCCCUGACACUUCUUCUGAACUAUCACUUCCAUCCUCCUCCUCCUCCACUGCUCCAACGACGGCCGAUCAGGCGACUGUCACGUGCUCAACGACCGACAAUACCACCACCUCCGCCGACUACAGCGAUGAGGAUCAGGACUACACCUGCCCUCACUGCGACCGCACCUUCACCUCACACAUCAGUCUGGUCGGUCACUAGCGAGUCCAUCGCACAGAGACUGGCGAGCCAGCGCCUGGAGCACCAACCUUCACCCACCACACUCGCCCCCACUGCCCACACUGCCCUCGCACCUUCACGCACCGCAUGGGUCUAUUCGGCCACAUACGCAUCCACGAGAGCGGAAUUGACCGCUUCUCCCACACACCCACGAAACCCAGCACAUCCACCAAGCCCAAUCCCACCCUCGCCACAUCGCCCUGCGCGCCCAUCACCACCAUCACCGACUCUUCUGUAGCUGACACUGACACCGCCGAGUUCUCAUGCCCGCACUGUCCACGCACAUUCACCUCACGCAUCGGCCUGGUCGGUCACUUGCGAACCCAUCGCACAGAGACUAGCGAACCAGUGCCUGGAGCACCAACCUACACCCACCAAGCUCGACUCAACUGCCGACACUGUCCUCGCACUUUCAGGCAUCGCAUGGGCCUAUUCGGCCACAUGCGCAUCCACGAUGACCUGCGGUAGACAACCGCUGGCUACGCCACACACACACAUUAGCUACCUUCCCCUACCCUCCUUCAUCACCACCACCACAGCCACCACCACCACCACCACCACCACACAUCAACACUCCCACACCUCAUGCACCCAACUGCCACCUUCCACGCAAGUGGGAAGUGUGCAUCUCGACUCGGUCCUCAUGCGGCUUCGGCUGCAGGGGUGACUUGAGUCGGAGAUUAUCCCAACACGUCAAGCGUCGUGGAUAGGAAGUUUGCUGAUUGACGCCCGCUCUCGGCUCACGCGGUCCGUCGCGUUGUGUGUUGUGUGUAGUGGCGGAAUGGUCGGCUGGGGACGGGCUGAAACAGCACCUUCCACGGCUCUCUCACGCAAGUGAGAGACACGCCGCUUAACCCCCGUUUUGUGAAAUCCGGGUGUUUGUGUGUAUGGGGGGCCAGGUCGUGCUGUGGCGCGCACAAGCAUGGUCAGUCGACCGUGUCAGCCACCGCGCCCAUUUCCCACUCCAGUCUGCUGACCGGCUCGGACAGCGGGUGGGGUGUGGGAAUGGGAAGGGAGAGUGACGUCGACGACUCAGCGCACUUUCUCCUCACUAUAAACAAUCUGACGCGCUUGAAGCUAUCACGGUGCGCUAAAAGCCGUGGCUUGGAAGGUUGCCAACUGACGGGGUAACUUGGACCUCCUCCUUCACUGGAGGCGGUCUGAGAGUCAGGCUGCAAUGGCUUCUUUUUCAUGUGGCCUUUAUGGCAUUCCCACCACAGCGUGGGAUCCGAGCCAGGCGUUGGCGGCACGCCUAGGUGCGACUUCGGCCGUGCCAGCCUCCAAAUCUCUGUUGUGUUGGUUGAACUUCUGAUUAUUUGUUGUGUGGACCAGGGGGUGUGGUAGAACGCCUAGGUGAGGAUCCGUCCGAGCCAUCCACCUGCGGCCUCCCUCGUCUCCGGUCUUCUUGACUUUGUCUUGACUCCGGGCCCAGGCGGGGGAGGAGGAGAGAGUGUAGGUAGAUGCAGCGCAAGCCUACCCGCACUACAAACCCCUGCGCAAGUCACCGUCCCUGCUCCCACGUGCUGUGGGGCACACGGUGGACAUCAUCGAAAUCGAUGGUCGAACUGUCGUGUGUGUGUGUGUGUGUGUGUGUGUGUGUGUUUGUGGUGUAGGGGUGUCCAGCGAUGGGUUCACGUAAUGGUCGUGGUGGUCGCUCACUUGCUUGCAGGUGAGACUGCGCCUAGCGUCCACUUGCUGGCACUCAACUCUCACCUGUGGCUCCACGUAGCUGGACUCUGCUCAGCGGCCACACCCCGGGCAACCGUCUCGACCGACGGGCUAAACCAGGUGAGGGGGCCGUGUGCGCUGUGCCGUGUGAACAGGUUUGCGGAUUCCGCUGGAUGGAAGGUCGGAUGGAACCUUGCGUCGGCACCGUCGUGACGUUUUUCGUCUCUGCACGCCGCUGGACAGCCGGUGACGGGAUGGAUCUCCACAUCGACAUCGUCUUGACGCGCCCACCUACGCCGUCGGAGACCGCGGCUUCCGGCGAAUUCGAGUCGCUUUCCACUACAACCCGAAGUCUUGGCCCCAUAGUGGAGUUCGGCCGUGCCACAACGGCAAAUGGCAGCCCUAUUCAGGGAUGGCACUGCCAGCCCCCACGAGGGGAAGGGCCUAGAAAAGGUGGCCUAAACAUUGCUGGGUACCACGCCGUCUUCAGGCUAGCCAGGGCCGCAGACGUCUAAUCAUGGUCGAAAUAAUCAAAAUCGAAACAACAACAAUACCAACAACAACAACAACCAUACUCAUUCUCCUCAUCCUACCUAUUCUAAAUCUUCCUCUGCCUAUUCUUCUCCUUCGUCACCUUCUUCUUCAUCUCCUUGCCGUGGCCCCACUCGUUUUCCCCAGACUGACAGGGUGAGCCCGCUCAGUCUGGCAGCCUGGAAUGUUCGUUCCCUUUUAGACAAUCCGAGGAGCAACCGACCGGAACGGAGGACGGCGCUAGUGACACGAGAACUGGCGCGCUACAAGGUGGACAUCGCCGCACUCAGCGAGACCCGAUUCUCCGAACAAGGCCAACUGGAGGAUGUGGGUGCCGGUUACACCUUCUUCUGGAGUGGUCGACCCAGGGCAGAGCGACGAGACGCGGGCGUCGCCUUCGCCAUCCGGACCGACAUCGUGGGACGACUGCCCUGCUUGCCGCAGGGAAUCAACGAUCGCCUGAUGAGCCUCCGCCUGCCCCUCCGGGGUGGGGGCAAAUUCGCCACCAUCAUCAGCGCCUACGCUCCGCCGAUGAGCAGCCCCGACGCCGCCGCAAGGGACAAAUUCUACGAGGACCUGCACGCACUCCUGGCGACUUAG